AAAAAAAAGACAAUUGACUUUCUUGUUGCGUUGUGCGAAAACUGCGAAAUUCUGCCAGUCCGCUGACCAGGAAGCAAGUGUGUUGUGGUUUCGGUCUGUCGGGAGAAAAUACAACUAACAUUGAAUAUCAUUACAAUGGUCUCUGACGUAAUUUCCAACACUUAAGAUAAGUGUGUGAAUUUUUUGACGAAAUGUUACCGUCGCAAGGCUCUCUUAUUUCGAUACAGUAAAUGAACAGUCAGUGUUUGUCCAUCAGAAUGUCGGACGAAAUAUGUUUGUAUGAUACUACGUACGACUGUGUGCCAGACAGUCUGUUUGAUAUUUGUUUGGACUACAUUGUGGUGAAUCUUAAUACGAUUACUAAUUUUGAUCGUGAGACACGAUGGCGUCGAUUCAAGGAAGAUGUUAUAUUGCCUUCCGAGAUUUGCGAAAAAUUUAUUCGGGCAUACCAGAAAAAAUAUCGCAUAAAUGAUAAUAUAGCGAACAUGUUCCGAGAUAAAUACCGCACCCGGUUGCACCGCGUUAAAUUGCGAAACUCUCGCAUUACUGACGAAGGACUGCGCUGCCUGAUGGAGCACAAACCCUACGAAGUUGAACUCAACCAAUGCGAAUAUCUGUCGCAGGCAUCCCUGGAAAUCAUCAGUAACAACAGUCAGAAUCUGGUGUCACUGAAAUUUGGACCCCUGACUUAUGUAUUUCCACAAGACGACGAAGGUAUUUACCGCCAGCGCGGAUAUAUUAUCUAUGCUCCCAACCUAAAGAGACUUACCAUCCAGCGCCGAGGGCUGGCAAUUUUUCCUUUGCUGCUGUUGAAACCACUGCAGCACUUGACUCAUCUUGAUCUAUCUGAGUGUACCUCAGCUGGAUCCAUAUGGGCUUUGAAUGAAAUGACCAACUUGCGAUACUUGGUAUUGCAUGCAGUCCCAUGGACAAAAGACUUAAUUGAUUGGAUAUCUGGUAUGCGUCUCCUGACACACUUGGAUAUCUCUCAGUCAAAUGAGAGGCAUGGGAAAUACUUCACUCCAAAUGAGAUUUUGACUCAGUUAGUGGAAAGUCUAACGGAAUUGGAGUCGCUGGAUAUUUCGGGCACUAAUUUGGCUGGCACCGGAGCUGCUGCAGUUUCUACUGUGCAUCAAGGGACUUCAGAUGGCAUGGAGUAUGAGGUGCGCUGUGACAUACCAGGACUUGUAAGCCGAGUCAACCGCCCACUCGAGUUCCUGGGACUAUAUGGCACUCACCAUGGAGCCUGCAAGCGUCAUGACAUACCAGCUAAAGUGAUCACUGGGGACGCCAAUGAAGAACAGAUUCUUACUGCAGCUCGAGCCUAUAUGGAGCGACCGGCCAUGUUGACCCGUGUCCUCAAUGAUUUAUAUUAUUUGUUCCGUUACGAGAACAAUGCAUACGUCGGCCGAGCUCUGUCUGUUGUCCUUGAUGCUAUGGAUCAACACGUUACGGAGAAACAUAUCCAGAUAUCAGGAAGUGCCACCCUGUUCUACAUCGUAAAAGGGAAAGAAAAGGAUCGUAUCGGCAUGAAGGUGAAGAGACGUAUCAUCACCGCACUUCUUGACGGCAUGGAAGCUCACCUUGGUGAUGACACUAUGAUGAGGAAUGGGUGCCUCACUCUGUGCCAAUUCAAAAUCCCAACCGACGUGUUGUUCGAAUAUGAACGUGUGGUACAGAUUCUUUUAAACGGGGUGGCCGACGUCAAUCAGGAAGGCUUUGUCCAGCGCAUCGCUAUUUACUUAUUAAACUCAUUAGCAUGUCAAGUUGACGGUAAACAAAAGACCUUCCUCGGAAACCAAGGAGCAAUUGGGAAAAUGCUCAACUUGAUUUCCGACCGGUUGGAACGUCGGGUCUGUGAUGAUGUGCUGGAAGUGGCCUGGUCCACUAUGUGGAACGUUACUGAUGAGACUCCACAAAACUGCCAACGCUUCUUGGAGAACCGUGGCAUGGAAUACUUCCUUGCCUGUCUCAAGAUAUUCCCCGACAAGGAAGAGCUGCUGCGCAAUAUGAUGGGUUUGCUGGGCAACGUGGCUGAGGUGGCUUUGUUGCGUCCACAGCUCAUGAACAAGCUGUUCCUGUCCGUGUUCUACGAACUCCUCGAUUCGUGCAGCGACGGCAUAGAGGUAAGCUACAACGCUGCCGGUGUGCUUGCUCACAUGGCUUCUGAUGGGCCGCGAGCUUGGACCGUGUCGGAGCCUGCCCGAGACAUGGUGCUCCAGCGCGUGGCCGCCGCCGUCGAGCGCUGGGACCUGCGCGCUGAGCGCAAUAUUAACUAUCGCUCAUUCGAACCGAUCCUAAGCCUCUUACACGCUCAUCACACUCCACAAUGCCAACACUGGGCUGUGUGGGCUCUCGCCAAUCUGACAACUGUCUACCCUGACAAGUACUGCACCUUGGUGGAAGCCGAAGGAGGCUUGCGCCUGCUUAAUGAGCUGCUGCAACACCCACGCCCCUACGAGCCGAUCAAGAAGCUGGCGUACAUUGUGAUCGACAACUGCGCCCGCUAUGCGGCCCGAGACACCGCCUACAGCCCCCCUCUCUCCUCGUCCCCUGAUAACUAACUAACGGAGUUUUUCGAGGAGAUCAAUCCUCGACUGCGUGAAUAGCGCCGGUGUUGCAGGAUCACCAUGUGUGUAACACUGACCGCCAUCGUCGGAGCGAGUUUAUUGUACAUCAAGAUCAACUACUUUGGUCCGUAACUAGUAGUUAUGCCAACCUUACACACAUGGACUUGUCACAAGCCAAAAACUUUUAAAUUUUAUCAUUAUUAUCAUGACCUAAGGAAUCACUGUGUUAGUACAAUAAGUAAAUUAUGGGUGGCAUGUGCCAGUAAAUGUAAGCGAAAUUUUAUCUGUACUAGAUUAGAACUAAUACCAUUUCUAUCAAGAUUGAUGUAUAUCGAGCUUACAACCCUGGGGCUGACCACCAUCUCUUGCGAAACCAUCUUAACUCAAGAGGCCUCUAAUAUAUAAAUACUAGUAUUUCAAUCUUUUUCUAACUAUCUGAGUUUCAAGGUAGAUCCGAGAAUACUACAUUUUCUGAGUUUGACCAGCAAGUUUAUAUUUCGACCUAUACUAUAACUUUGAUACUUAAUUUUCAGGAGAACAUAAAGCUGCUAUCUAUGGCGAUUACCAUUUUGAUCUCGUAUAGCUAAUCAUCACCGUAUAUUUGAACGAUGAAGUAUAUAACACAAAGAUAUAUAUUCCAUGGUGUUGGUCGGCUCUUAGGUUACGAUACAUUUUGAGAACAUAAACAAGAUCUAUAUCAUUGUUUGUGAACCUUGAUCCCCCUUUAGAGUCGUCUAAGCGUAUUUUCCUAAUACUAGUGUAUAAAAUAAGGCUACACUUCACACGAAAACUCAGUGAUCGUUUAUUUGAUGGCAGCUGUCUUUGAGUUUAUGAUUAUGGUUAUUGAUUCAAUUUACGUUUUGUGCUUUGUAAGAAUAUGAUCUGUAUUGUGUAAUAUAGUUCGAACUUGGUAGAAUCAGUUUAUAAUAAGUACUAUAAUAUAUUAAUUUUUAUUUAUUUGACGUAUUACAAAAUAUUGGUAAAUAUUAUUCUUGGUCUAAAUAAAUUUAUUUUAAGCUCCGUAAGGACUUGGAUGAUAGGGUUUAAUUGUUAGUGUUAGCAUGAUCAAGGUGUGCACUUGACACGAUUUGCCUCAAUUUACUAUUCGAAUUGUGAGAGAAAGAGCCACGAUAUUCGAGGUGUUAAGGAAUUUGAACUACGAUUUCAAUCGGAAAAGUCGUUGGAUGUAUUUGCAAAUGAUUUAGAAUAGCGUCAGCGAUUGUGUGAAGGUUGUGGUGAAUAUAGGUAGCUUAGUAACUUGAAUAGUUGUGUUUAGUUGUUGGGAAAUUCUCGAAUAGUGAAAUGGAGCAAAAGUUGCAUGACCUUUAUUGUAGUAACAUAAUAAAAUUAUUCUUUUGAAACGUAUGGAAGUUACAUAAUAUAUUUUUAACUUUGAGACAAAAAUUAGGUAUGUUCCUCAUUUGUUACAAUUCAAAUGAGUAUAUUAUUUUAUUUAUGUCGUCGGGCGAUAUGAUUUAUUUUUAAUAAAGUUUUUAUAAAGAUUCUAUAUGUCAGGUUGUCUUUCAUGCUGCGGGGAGCAAUCUGAUAUUUAUAUAAUAUUAGGCCGAUGCACAGCAUCCACCAAAUAGUAGCAGCAAGAGUGGGUUGCCACACAUUAUGUACUGAGGAAGUCCAUCGGAUUUCCACGUUAUAUCUGCGAUGGCGGCUGAACGUUAAUAAAUAUUAUUAAUAUAAUUAACACGAAACAAACGGAAAAUUAAUUGUAUUCACGACAGUCCACGGCAAAACCACACAAACCUUAUGUUGGUUGUUUUAUCUUUUCUAUUGUCUGUAAACACCAACUGUUGGCAUAUACACAACUUUAUUCAAAUACAUCGAUGAUGUGUCGUAUAUGGGCAUUGAUGCAACUCUGACCAAUACCAAGUGUAUAACAUAACAUCUUUUCUUAAAACUUUAUUCAUAGUCUCAAAUCACGAUACAUCUACAUCGGUCCGUCCCGUUUCCGUUGCCAGUCUAAUUAAUAUUUUGAUAUCAUAUUUCUACUAACUAUCAAUACUAAUACUAGUCAUAUCGUCUUAGUUGUGUGGAUAUUUGCAUUAUACUAAUAAUUUUGUAUUUAAUAAUCAUUAUAUGCCCUAAACAUUGGAUUGCAACAUAAUUGAAACUACUUGAUCUUUUGAACCAACAUUAUUUUAUUAGAGUGAUGCAUGUUACGUCGUUGCCACAUAAAUUAGUGAUGCUGCUAUUACUUGGCUCUUUUGUUCCACAUUUGUUGAAAUUGCCGCACGCGUAUUGCACUGCGUCGCCAUUUAACACAACAGUUAUCACGCGAAUUAUUGAAUAAACUUCAGUAUAAAACGGAGGAACGCUAUAUAAUUUUGCUAUUGUAACUGAUUUAUUGUUUUUAAUCCUUGACAUUACUGUCUUCUAAUUUACAUGCAUUGAUUAACUCUUUUAUAUAGUGGAAUAGAUUCCAUUACAUUGAAUUCCUUAGGUGCUCUGCAGACUACUUUCUAUCGGCCGAUAGUUGAGGCUGAUUCGAAAUACGUAUUUAAUUGAAAUACGAUAAAAUAAUGUUCUGAUUGUUCGCAUAUUAUAGAGAUUUCAUGCCCAUAAAUAAAAUGGGGCAACUAUUGGACGAUAAUUUUGGUAGUCUGCGGGGAUCUUUACAAUAUUAGUAAUUAUAAUGAUUGUCUAUUUAUCAACAAUAGUGUUAAGCAUUUGAAAUUGGUAUUCACUUCAUAAUUCCGGUCAGAUUGAUGUUAUCGUGAAAUUUUCGUGUGCUUAUUGUUUAGUAUGAUCCAGUGUACAUUUUUGGAUCAUAUUGUAUUUCGAUUUGAAAGCAGACGAGUCUCUCGACGACUAAAAUGUGGUUCCAAAAAUGACAUUGUUGAUGUAGCUUCAGCGAUAUCGUAAUAGAUUUAAUGUUUAAUGCAACAGAUAAUCAUUCAUGUGUCAUAGGUGUCUAUUAUAGUUAUCUUUGCAGCGCGCAAUCGUGCUUUUCCUGUUAGUUUGGAUAAGAAAAGCUUUGUUUGGCAGUCAUUGAUUGAAUUACUGAUUGAAUGGCGGACAGAAACAUUUGCGUUGGUUGAAAUGGAUAAGGACAAACCCAACUGGUGGGGGCUGGAACCCAAUAAGGGUCACGAACGCGUAGCACCCGCAUUAGUAGUUAUGUUAGCGCUCUGCAAAUAUACGCAGAGCAAAAGUUUGUCGGAAGACCACUGGCAUGUGCGGCAAGCAUAAGCGCGCCUUCGUGGUAGGAUGCGGGGAGCUAGUAGGAUGGAAUAGACGCACUUGAGGAAAGCAAGGAAAACGAUUUUUUGACUCUCAAUGUUAUCUCUAGGAAUAUUUUAAGAUAUUAUUGCCGUGAGAGGUUGGGCUCUUAUUACAUUGUGCUGUUAAGGAAUGAAUAAAAUAUUUAGGAAGUGUAUACGCGAGGGAUAAAUAAUGGAAUUAUUUGCGGAUUUAAUCGGCCUUGCAGAGAGCACAUGGUAAACGGCAUCAUUAUAUAUGUAGUGGAUUUUAACAUUUUAUCACAUUUUCGUCGGAACAGUCCUUACAGUAUAACAGUCGGUGUUUUAUGAUGUUUAAUAAAGUAAAGAAAUAGUAUUACAUUUUAUCUUACGUGUAUAUCGGUACUAUAUAACCGAUCAUUAGAUGUUUAAUGUCUAUUUUAUUAUAAUCUUCUUAGUAUGAUAAUCUUUGUGAGGUUCGCACAUGAUUUAUUUUUAUUUUAUUGUAUGUUAUUGAAUUAUAAUCUUUGAAAUGAAACAAUUUAUCUUCUUAUACCUGUUUUCAAUUGCCGUGUCAUAUGAUUUUGUUGUUCAUUAUGUUUGUUUUACUGGCGUUGAUCAUGUUUUAAUCUAAUAAUUUUACCUCUCUGAUUGUCAUUUUAGAGAUUGAUAAGUUAUCAAUAAUAAAUAUCUGAAUGUCCGUACUUGU